AUGCAUAAGUACGAUGGUGUGAUAGAAGGUCCCAAAACUAAUGAUGUCAUACAGAUUAUGAGGAUGGAACAUGGAUGCGAGAUAUCUAAGUCCUUAGCAUGGGAUGCUCGGAGUUUGCAAUUAGCAUGGUUAGAGAUUCAGAUUUCUCUUCGUUUCGUUUGGCCGAUGAGUACAAGAUUUUCAGACAGCCAUGCGACAAGUUCUUUUGUUGAUGGGACAUUUUUGAAGAGCAAAUACAAAGGGGUAUUACUUGCUGUGACAGCUUUAGAUGGAAACCCUAACUUGUAUCCUGUUGCGUUUGCGGUUGUGGACUCAGAAAAUGAUCGUUCAUGGGAUUGGUUUAUGAGACAGCUAAAGGUUGUUGUUGCGGACGAGCAUUCUCUAGCUUUUGUGUCAGACGGAAAUGCCUCACUUUGUAAGGCAAUAGAGAAUGUGUAUCCUCUUUCUCAACAUGGAAUUUGCAUCCAACAUUUGUUGAAUAAUGUGCUCACACAUUACAGAGGAAAGGGACUGGCUGGAUUGAUUGCAAAAGCUUCUAAAUCUUAUAGAGUCAUUGAUUUUCAGAAGCGAUUCCAAGCUGUGUGCAAUAUUAGUCCAGCUAUUGGAAAAUAUUUAACAGAUGCAGAUAUUACAAAGUGGGCUUGCUGUCAGUUUCCAGGAUUCAGGUAUGACAUCAGGACGACAAACCCAGCUGAAUCAAUAAACUCUGCUUUGCGCACACCAAGAGAGUAUCCAGUCAUUCCUUUGUUGGAUAGCAUCAGAGAAAUGCUGACAUGUUGGUUCUUCGAACGCCGCACACGAAGCAUGAAGUACACAAAACCAUUAACUAUUGUCAUCGAGAAAAAGAUAGACAUGCGGAUUAAUAAGGAUAAAACGUUUCUGGUGCAGCCAGUUGACGAGUACCGUUUUUUGAAGAACCUGCUCUGUGGGAAGUACGACCUACUGAAAAUCCCAUGUAGACACGCAAUCAAGGCUGGUUUAACAGUUAGUCGAGCCCCAUCCUCACUAACGGACGACAUGUACAUGACUUCCACUUGGAGAACAGCUUAUCAAGAAACUAUCAAUCCAAUAGGUGUUCCUGAGGAUAGUUGGGUUGUUCCAAAUGAUGUUCGGAAUGCUAAUGUGGUACCUCCUGAAUCAAGAAGAGGAGCAGGAAGGAGAAGAAAGCGCAGAUAA